CAGCUCUCUCCCACACUUACUCUCUCGCUCUUCAACACUAGCUCGAGAGACCAGACAUGGAAGAGCCCCCCGGGAGUAGCGCAGUUGAGGCUGAGGCGCCAAACACACUGGAGGACCUUUCCCCAUUCCUCACAUACCUUGGUGCGCUAUGCCCCGCGGCACUGGGUGCUCGGCCUGGUGCCUUUAAGCGCAAGCUGAAGAAGCAGAACGAGCUCCUUACCAAGUUUGCAUGCGACCCGAGUGUCCGCACACUGGUGGUGGCGGUCGGCUCGAGGCCCGAGGCUGGCGUGCAUGAUGGAAGCGACGACGGUGAAGAAGAGGGCGGGCAGGAGUUCUCUUUACAGCUGGAGGUAGCGUACCUCGGCAAGAAUGUCGAGUCAAUGAUGUGCUUUGUCAAGCGCGGCGAGGUGCUCGUUGCCGGGACGCCCAUCGCAGGGCAGCUCCACUUUGUGACGCUCGCCAACGACAAGCCGUUCGAGACGCUGUACGCGUACCUGAGGACCUCGUUUGGCCCGCUGUUUGAGUCAUUUCUCGACGCAUCGGCGUCCAAGUUUGGUGGGAGCGGGCCCGGGAGCGGGCCCGCCGGAAGCUCGGGCGACAAGACCGACCCGAACAUGGGCGUGGCGGUCGUUCGCAAGAACCUGGCGUCGCUGCAGUCGUCGCUGAUGCACCUCAAGCAAGAAGUGGAAAUUCCCGAGGUCAAGCUGGUGAUCGACGGCGACAUUGCACGGUGCCUCGACGAGGCUGCGGCGGCCGGGCGGGCCAUGGAGGUGGGCGACCUCGGCGAGCUGGUCAAGGACUCGCGGUGGCUCAACUCGCUGCAGUCGGGUGUCAACGCGUGGAUCCGCGAAGUGCAAAAGGUGACCAAGCUCGAGCGCGACGCGUCGACGGGCUCGGCGCUCCAGGAGAUCAACUUUUGGCUCUCGAUGGAGCGCGCGCUCGACGCGGUCGAGGCCGAGCUUGCCACGCCGGGCGUGGAAAUGACCAUGGAGGUGCUGAAGCACGCCAAGCGGUUCCAUGCCACGGUGAGCUUCCGGUCUGAUACCGGGCUCAAGGCUGCGCGUGCCGUCGUCACCUCGUACAACUUGCUCUUCAAGGACUUUCCUAUCCACGAGCUCCUCAACGCCACCGACAUCAACUCGCUCAACGACGGCCUCUCCGGCGUGUUCAACCACCUCAAGAAGCUCAAGAACACGAGCUACCCGCUCGAGCGGGCGCUGCGGUUUGUCGAGGCGCUCUCACGCGACGUGGCGGCCCAGCUGCUCUCUGUCCUGCAGGGCGCGCGGCUGCUUCUCCUGCCGUAUGACGAGUUUGACGUCCUCACAAGCGACUGCGGCUCGGUCUUUGCGCUGUGGGAGGAUCUUGUGGCCGGCUUCAAGGAGCUCCUCCGCGAAGUCGCCAAGUUCCGCCGGAACAAGGCCGAAGAGUCGCUGCCGAUCCGGAUCCGGGCCGAGCACACGGCGCUCCGCGACCGGCUGGAGGAUCUCCGCCGGUUCCGCAAGCAGCACGACGAGCUGCGUGUCGUCAUUCGCAAGGUUCUCCCGCAAGUCGCGCAUGGCUCGGAGAUCAACGCCGUCGAGGAGGUGGCUGCGGCAUACGACGAAGUCAAGGCUGUCGAGCCACUUGACGUCUCCGAGACCGGUGUCGUCAACUGGAACGAGGCGCUGCAUGCGUACGAGUCGCGCAUCGACGCCGUUGAGUCGCAGAUCACCAACCGGCUCCGCGACAAGCUCGGCUCGGCCAAGAACGCCAACGAGAUGUUCCGGGUCUUUCAAAAGUUCAACGCGCUCUUCUUCCGGCCGCGCAUCCGCGGCGCCAUCCAAGAGUACCAGGCGCAGCUCAUUUCGCGGGUCAAGGGCGACAUUACGGCGCUGCAAGACAAGUUCAAGACGCAGUACGGCGUGUCCGAGGUCUCACGCAUGUCGCGACUCCGCGACUUGCCGCCUGUUGCCGGCAACAUUAUCUGGGCGCGGCAGAUCGAGCGCCAGCUCGACACGUACAUGAACCGGGUCGAGACCGUGCUCGGCUCGGGUUGGGAGCAGCAUGUCGAGGGCCAGAAGCUCAAGGUCGAGGGCGACUCGUUCCGCCGCAAGCUCAACACCGCUAUGCUCUUCAACAACUGGGUCAAGCAGACCGAGUCGCGGAAUUACGAGGCUGUCGGCCGGGUCUUUUACAUUGAGAAGCGCCACUCCAAGCUGACGCUGCGGACCAACUUUGACGGCGGCAUGAUCACCCUCUUCAAGGAGGUUCGCAACCUACUCUGGCUCGGCUUCCGGGUCCCGUUCCAGAUCCAGCUCACCUCCUCGCGGGCGCAGCAGGUCUAUCCGUUUGCCGUCUCGCUCAUGGAGUCAAUCAAGACGUACUCGCGGUCGUGCGAGAAGCUCUCCGAAUCGAUUGCCCCGCUUGUGGCCUCGUUCCAGCUCUCGGUCCAGACCACGCUCGCCGACGGCUUCCAGCUCCACUGGGAGUCACUCAAGCUUGACGAGUACGUCAAGACGCUCGCCGAGACCGUCCUUAACUUUCAGGAGAAGGUUGACGACCUGCUCGUCAAGUACGAGACCAUCAACAGCUCGCUUGCCUCGCUCGCUUCGGCCAAGCUCGAGCAGGCCGCGCUGGCCAAAAUCGUCGGCUCCAUCCAGGACGUGGUCGACUCGCUCAACAUGGCUGGCUACUCGAACCUGGACGCCUACGUGGCCUCGCUUGAUACAUCGCUCCGCGAGGUGCUCACUGGCCGGCUCCGUGAGGCCGUCGACCUCUGGAUCAAGGUCUUUACCGCCUCGCUGCCAUCGCUGCGGCCAGGCGCCGAGGGUGCGUCCGCCAAGGACGACGCGGCGGCCGCCGAAGACGAGCGCAAGAAGGCGCGGGCACGGGCGUUGCGGGCACGCCGGUUUGCGCGCCCGCGCGGCGGCGACGACGGCGCUGGUGCGGGUGAGAGCGUCGACCCGGCGGCAAUGUCACCGGCGGCGCUGACUGCGCUCCGGGCCUCGAUGGUUGUGGACGGCAAACCGUGCAUGGAGCCGGUGGUCCACGAGCUCUCGCUCCGCAACCAGACCAUGUACCUCGAGCCGCCGCUCGAGUCUGCGCGACAGGACUGGAUCGACCAGUUCAACACAUGGCUUGGCGUUGUCGGCUCGCUCCCAGUCCUCUCGGCCUCGCGGUUUGACGUCAUGGGCGUGGCCGCGGCGUCGGGUCCGGGCGGGGCCAAGAUGGCGACCUACGCCGACCUGCUUAGCGAUCUCGAGCCGAAUGAGCUCACUGGGGCGUACGAGGUCAUCGAGGGCCUCCUCGCGGAGGCGCGGCGGUACGUCGACUCGUGGCUCCAGUACCAGUCGCUGUGGGACAUGGACGCGUCGGCAGUCCAUGACGUGGUCCGCGAUGACCUCGGGCUCUGGCGGCAGCUCCUCCGCGAGAUCCAGAACGCGCGGUCGACGUUUGACAACGCUGACUCGGAGUACUCGCUCGGCUCAAUUGUGGUGCAGUACGGACAGGUCCAGGCCAAGGUCAACAACAAGUACGACGCAUGGCACAAGGAGUUCCUCGCUCACUUUGGCUCGCUCCUUGGCUCGCGCAUGGCGGACUUUCUGGAGACGCUCGCGGGUGCACGUGCCGCGCUCGAGGGCGCGACUGUCGAGACCGAGUCGACCGCUGACGCUGUGGCGUUCAUCACCACCGUACAGAAGCACAAGCGCAAGCUCGACGAGUACAAGGCAUCCAUGGAGCACUACAAGCUCGGGCAGAAGCUGGCGGAGCGGCAGCGGUUCCACUUUCCGGCCGACUGGGUCCAUUACGACCGGCUCGACGGCGAGUUUACCGCCUUUGUGGAGAUCCUCAACCGGAAGGACGCGUCGAUCGAGUCGCAGGUCCCGGCACUGCAGAAGAAGAUCCUUGCCGAGGAGCGGAUGCUGGCGGCCAAGCUGAGCGAGGUCGAGGCCGAGUGGACAAGCUCCAAGCCGGUCUCGGGCGAGAUGCGGCCGGACGAGGCCAACAACGUCAUCGCCAUGUUUGAGGGGCGGGUGACCAAGCUCGCGGCCGACUUUGCACGCAUUGUGCAGGCCAUGGACGCACUUGACCUCGACGCGCCGUCGAACGAGACCAUCGAGUCGAUGGCGGAGGAGCUUGCCGACCUCAAGGGUGUGUGGGAGGCGCUCGGCGGCGUGUGGUCGGGUCUCGACGAGCUCAAGACGACGCCGUGGAAGGGAGUGGUGCCCAAGGCGCUGCGGCGGUCGCUCAACUCGCUCAUCAACGAGCUCAAGGGCAUGCCGAACCGGAUGCGACAGUAUGAGGCGUGGGAGUAUGUCAAGGGCUACCUCGAGUCGCUUGUCAAGGCCAACUCGCUCAUCGAGGCGCUCUCGUCGGACGCAGUCCACGAGCGGCACUGGAAGGUCCUCCGCAAGGCGCUCGGCGUGAGGUGGGCCUCGGACUUUACGCUUGGCGAGGUGUGGGAUGCCGACGUGCUCGGCAACGCCGACGCCAUCGGCGAGGUGGUGACCAUGGCGCAGGGCGAGAAGGGCCUCGAGGAGUUUCUCCGCGAGGUCAAGGAGUUCUGGACCGAGUUUGCGCUCGAGCUCGUGGUGUACCAGGGCAAGACGCGACUCAUCCGCGGGUGGGACGACCUGUUCAACAAGCUCAUGGAGCACCUCAACUCUGUACAGGCCAUGAAAAUGUCGCCGUACUUUAAGCCCUUCGCUGAGGAGGCGCAGGUGUGGGACGAGCGGCUGUCGCGGAUGCAGGAUAUCUUUGACCUGUGGAUCGACGUCCAGCGCCGCUGGGUCUACCUCGAGGGCAUCUUUACCGGCUCGGCCGACAUCAAGGUCCUUCUCCCGCAAGAGUCGAAGCGUUUCGACUCGAUUAACUCGGAGUUCCUCGGCCUCAUGAAAAAGGUGACCAAGGCGCCGCUCAUUCUCGACGUCAUCGCCAUCUCGGGCGUCGACAAGCUCCUCGCCCGUCUCGCCGACCUCCUCACCAAGGUCCAGAAGGCGCUCGGUGAGUACCUCGAGCGCCAGCGGGCCUCGUUCCCACGCUUCUACUUUGUGGGCGACGAGGACUUGCUCGAGAUCAUUGGCAACUCCAAGGAUGUGUUCAAGGUCCAGAAGCACCUCAAGAAGAUGUUUGCCGGUCUCACUGCGCUCAUUCUCGACGACGACGCGCCGUCGCUCAUCCGCGGUAUGAUGUCCAAAGAGGGCGAGGUUGUGCCGUUUGCCGCGCCCGUCGACGCCGCCACCAUGCCUAAGAUUAACGAGUGGCUUUCGGCGCUGGAGGCCGAGAUGAAGAACUCGCUCGCGCUUCUCCUCACCGACGCCGUGGUCGAGCUGCGGACCAUUCUCGCGCCGGGCAGGGCCUUUGACGAGGACGCGUUCUUUACCUGGGUCGAGACCUAUCCUGACCAGCUCGUCACGCUCGCUGCGCAGUGCGUGUGGACCGAGCAAGUUGAGGCCGGGCUGGAGGCCGCGGCGAGUGACGAGUACGGUGCCGCCAACGCGUUUCUGGAGACAAUUCUGAGCGUGCUCGCAGUGCUCGCGCAGGAGGUGCUCUCGGACAUGUCGAACAUCAAGCGGAAGAAGCUCGAGCACCUCAUCACCGAGCUUGUUCACCAGCGCGACACCAUCCGCAAGCUUGUGGCGGCAAAGGUGCCGUCGGCCUCGGACUUUGGCUGGCUCUACGAGAUGCGGUACUACUUUGACGAGACCAAGGCAGUGCCUGUGGAGCGGUUCGCCAUCCGCAUGGCCAACGCCGAGUUCCUUUACGGCUUUGAGUACCUUGGCAUCCAGUCCAAGCUGGUGACCACGCCGCUGACGGACCGGUGCUACCUGACGCUCACCCAGGCGCUGCACGGGCGGAUGGGUGGCUCGCCGUUUGGCCCGGCCGGUACAGGCAAGACCGAGUCGGUCAAGGCGCUCGGCUCGCAGCUCGGCCGGUUUGUACUUGUCUUUUGCUGCGACGAGAACUUUGAUUUCCAGGCCAUGGGCCGCAUUUUCGUGGGCCUUUGCCAGGUCGGCGCCUGGGGCUGCUUUGACGAGUUCAACCGGCUCGCCGAGCGUAUGCUCUCGGCCGUCUCGCAGCAGAUCCAGACCAUCCAGCUAGCGCUGCAGGACGGGACGCCCAAGGUCGAGCUCCUCGGGACGACGGUGCCGAUCUCGCCCGACAUGGGUAUUUUCAUUACCAUGAACCCGGGCUACGCCGGGCGGUCCAACUUGCCGGACAACCUCAAGCAGCUCUUCCGACCGAUGGCCAUGACCGCGCCGGACAAGGAGCUCAUCGGACAGGUCAUGCUCUUCUCGCAAGGCUUUGCCACCGCCGAGCGGCUCGCCGGCAAGGUGGUGCCGCUCUUCAAGCUUUGCCACGAGCAGCUGUCGGACCAGUCGCACUACGACUUUGGCCUCCGCUCGCUCAAGUCUGUCCUCGUCUCUGCAGGCAACAUCAAGCGGAAGAAGAUGCUUGCCAUUGCGAGCGGCGACGAGCCGCAGCCGGGCGACAACACUGAGUUUGAGCAAGACGUUUUGCUGCAGUCUAUUUGCGAGACGCUUAUUCCCAAACUUGUGGCGGCCGACAUCCCGCUGCUCUACUCACUGCUCACCGACGUCUUCCCGGGCUGCGCGCUGCCGCAGCUUGCGGCGGCGGCGCUCAAGGCCAAGAUGAAGGCCAUUGCCGACGAAGCCAAUUAUGUGUUUGGCGAUCUGUGGGUCGACAAGACGCUGCAACUCAACCAGAUCCUCAACCUCAACCACGGCGUCAUGCUCGUGGGCCCGUCGGGCUCUGGCAAGUCGAGCUCGUGGCGGACGCUCCUGGCUGCGCUCGAGGCGCUAGAGGGUGUCGAGGGCUGCUCGUACGUCAUCGACGCCAAGGCCAUUUCCAAGGACGAGUUGUACGGCUUCCUCGACGCGACGACCCGCGAGUGGACCGACGGCAUUUUUACCGGCAUUCUCCGGCGGAUCAUCGACAACGUCCGCGGCGAGGCGGCGAAGCGGCAUUGGAUUGUGUUUGACGGCGACGUCGACCCCGAGUGGGUGGAGAACAUGAACUCGCUGCUCGACGACAACAAGCUCCUCACGUUGCCCAACGGCGAGCGGUUGGCGCUCCCGCCGAAUGUGCGAAUCAUGUUCGAGGUGCAGGAUCUCAAGUACGCGACGCUGGCCACGGUCUCGCGGACAGGCAUGGUGUGGUACUCGGAGGACACGCUGACGACGCCGAUGAUUUUGCAGCAUAACUUGCUCAAGAUGCGAAACGUGGUGGUUCCGGGCGAGUACGACGAGUCGGACCUGCCGGGCUACGCUGGCGUCGACGACGAGACCGGUGCCGAGGUCUCGCCGGCGCUCAUGGUACAGCGCGAGGUGGAAGCUGCGCUCGCGCCGUACUUUGCGGACGGGAGCAUGGUGUUGCAGGCGCUGGACAAGGCGGCCGGGCUGGAACAGGUCAUGGACCACUCGCGGCUGCGGCUGCUGGGCGCCAUGUUCUCGAUCCUCAACAUGGGCAUUGCGCAAGUCCACGAAUACAACGCGACCCACUACGAGGCGCCGAUGGGCGGCUCGCGGCUGGCUGACUUUAUGCGCCGCAAGCUGGUGCUCGCAGUGGUGUGGGGCUUUUCCGGCUCGUGCAAGAUUGCGGUCCGCGAAGAGUUUUCGCACUGGCUCCGCGACAUUACCGACAUUGAUCUGCCGGAAAAGCCGGUCAUCGACUACGAGGUCUCUGUGGUGACUGGUGGGUGGGAGCUGUGGACGAACCAGGUGCCGGUCAUUGACGUCGACGCCGAGUCGAUGGGUACCGCCGUCAUUCCGACGCUCGACACGGUGCGGCACGUGGACAUUCUGUACGCUUGGUUGGCGGAGCACAAGCCGCUGCUGCUGUGCGGCCCGCCGGGGUCGGGCAAGACGAUGACGCUCUUCUCGACGCUCCGCAAGGCGACCAACUACGACGUGUGUGCCAUCAACUUCUCGUCGGCCACCUCACCGGAGCUCAUUCUUUCGACGUUUGAGCAAAAGUGCGAGAUCAAGAAGACCGCCCGCGGCCUCGUUCUUCAGCCGAUUCAGCUCGGCAAGUGGCUGGUGGUCUUUUGCGACGAGAUCAACUUGCCGGAGCCGGACGAGUACGGCACGCAGCGAGUCAUCACCUUUAUCCGCCAGCUUGUGGAGCAGGGCGGUUACUGGCGGGCCGAGGACCUGCAGUGGAUUUCGUUGGAGCGGAUUCAGUUUGUGGGAGCGUGCAACCCGCCGACGGAUCCUGGGCGGACGCCGCUCUCGCACCGGUUCCUCCGGCACGCGCCGCUCAUUCUGUGCGACUACCCGGCAUACGAGUCGCUGACCCAGAUUUACGGCACCUUUUCGCGGGCGCUCCUUGCCGACUACGCGCAUCUCAAGCCGUACGCGGGAGCUCUCACCGAGUGCAUGGUCGACUUUUACACCCAGUCGCAGGCGCGGUUCACGGCCGACAUCCAGCAGCACUACAUCUACUCGCCUCGUGAGCUGACGCGGUGGGUCCGCGGCAUCUACGAUGCGCUGCGGACGGGCGAGGAGGGUCCGAGCCUGGAGACACUGAUGCGGAUCUGGGCGCACGAGGGCCUGCGGCUGUUCCAGGACCGGCUUGUGACCGAGGAGGAGCGCGAGUGGACGACGACGCAUCUCGAUGCGACGCUCGCCAAGCACUGUCCGGAUUGCGACGCGUCGGUGGCGCUUGCGCGGCCGAUUCUGUUCUCCUCGUGGCUCUCGGACGACUCGCGGUACGUGUCGGUGACCCGCGACGAUCUGCGGGCGUACCUGCUUGACGAACUGAAGAACUUUUACGAGGAGGAGCUCGACGUGCCGCUGGUGCUCUUUGACGAGGUGCUCGACCACAUCCUGCGGAUCGACCGGGUCUUCCAUCAAAAGCAGGGCCACCUGCUGCAGAUCGGACAGUCGGGCGCGGGUAAGACGGUGCUCUCGCGAUUUGUGGCGUGGAAGAACGGGCUCUCGGUCUUCCAGAUUCGCGGCUCGAACAAGUACUCUGGCGAGGACUUUGACAAUGACCUGCGGACGGUGCUGCGGCGGUCGGGCGCCGAGGGCGAGAAGAUCUGCUUCAUCUUUGACGAGUCGAACAUCAAGGACACGGGCUUCCUCGAGCGGAUGAACACGCUCCUCGCCAACGGUGAGAUUCCGGGCCUGUUUGAAGGCGACGACUGGACGUCGCUGAUGAACCAGUGCAAGACGAGCUCGCAAACCGAGGGCAAGAUGCUGAGCUCCGAGGACGAGCUCUACGAGUGGUUUACCAACCAGAUCAUCCGCAACCUGCACGUGGUGUUCACCAUGAACCCUGCCGGUGGCGGGUUUGAGAACCGGACGUCGACUUCGCCAGCGCUCUUCAACCGAUGCGUGCUCAACUGGUUCGGCGACUGGUCGGACAAGGCGUUGUACCAGGUCGGCCUCGAGUUUACGGCAGCCGCACCAAACCCGCCGACGCACCGACAGGCCAUUGUCAACGCCAUGGUCUCUGUCCAUCAGUCUGUGGCCGAGGCCAACGUCAAGCUCUCCAAGCGGCAAGGGCGGGUCAACUACGUGACGCCGCGGCACUACCUCGACUUUAUCCACCACUAUGUGGGCCUGUACAACGAGAAGCGCGGCGAGCUCGAGGAGCAGCAGGCGCAUCUCAACACUGGGCUCGACAAGCUGCGCGAGACCGAGGAGCAGGUGCUCGAGCUGCAAAAGUCACUCGCGGUGAAGAACACCGAGCUCGCAGCCAAGAACGAGGAGGCGAACGCUAAGCUGAAGCAGAUGGUCAAGGACCAGCAGGUUGCGGAGGAGAAGAAGAAAGAGUCGCUCAAGAUGGCGGCCGAGCUGGAGGCCAAGUCCAAGGUUGUGGAGGAGCAAAAGGAGGUGGCGCUCGGUGACCUGGCCAAGGCCGAGCCGAUGGUGGAGGAGGCCCGUGCGGCGGUGCAGGGCAUCAAGAAGUCCCACCUCGACGAGGUCCGCGCCCUCCGCAACCCGCCGGCCAAGAUCCAGCUGACGAUGGAGGCUGUGCUCACCCUCCUCGGCGCCGGCAAGAUCGACUGGAAGGGCAUCAAGGCUGCGAUCCAGAAGACCUCGUUCAUUUCGGAUGUCAUGUCGUUUGAUGCCGAGACCAUUUCGCCGCGCAUUCGGGCGGUGAUGGAGAAGAAGUACUUGUCAAACCCCGAGUUCAACUUUGAGUCGAUCAACAAGGCUUCCAAGGCGUGUGGCCCGCUGUGCAAGUGGGCGCUGGCGCAGCUGGCAUACGCAGACAUCCUGCACCGGGUCGAGCCGCUGCGGGCCGAGCUGCGGGCGCUGGAGGCAGACGCAGCGGCGAUGGCGGCCAAGAAGGCCGAGAUGGACGACCUCGUGGCCGAGCUCGAGGCGUCGAUUGCGGCGUACAAGGAGGAGUAUGGGGUGCUCAUCGGCGAGACGCAGCGGAUCAAGACCGAGAUGGAGGUGACCAAGGUCAAGGUGGAGCGGUCGACGUCGCUGCUUGCCUCGCUCGGGUCAGAGCGAUCGCGGUGGGAGGCCGAGUCGGAGGGCUUCCGCAACCAACUUGCAUCUGUGGUGGGCGAUGUGCUGGUGUGUGCGGCGACGAUGGCGUACGCCGGUUUCUUUGACCAAAGCUACCGGUCCGGACUGGAGGCGCAGUGGAAGGCGCAGCUGGAGGCGUCCAACGUGGCGUUCAACUCGGAGCUUGCCUUUAACGAGUUCCUCGGCUCUGCUGCUGCCGAGCUCGAGUGGCAGUCACGUGGGCUGCCUGUCGACGCGCUCUGCACGCAAAACGCGAUCAUGCUCGAGCGGUACAACCGGUACCCGCUCAUCAUCGACCCGUCGGGCCAGGCGACCGAGUUUGUGAUGGCGCAGUAUGCCGGACGCAAGAUGAAGAAGACCUCGUUCCUCGACCCUGCGUUCAUGAAGCACCUCGAGAGUGCGCUGCGGUUUGGAACGUCGUUGCUGGUGCAGGACGUGGAGAACAUCGACCCUGUCGUCAACCCUGUGCUCAACAAGGAGCUGCAGAAGAAGGGCGGGCGGGUGCUGAUGCAGCUCGGCGAGCUGGACAUCGACUUUUCGCCAUCGUUCUCGAUCUUCCUCUCGACUCGCGACCCGACGUUUAACUUUGCGCCGGACCUGUGCUCUCGGGUGACCUUUGUCAACUUUACGUGUCUGUCCAAGGUGCUCAAGGCUGAGCGGCCAGACAUUGACGCGAAGCGGUCGGACCUGCUCAAGCUCCAGGGCGAGUUUCGGGUCAAGCUGCGGGCGAUGGAGGCCAAGCUGCUGACGACGCUCUCCGAGUCGGAGGGCAACAUUCUGGACAACGACAAGGUUAUUACCACGCUGGAGAAGAUCAAGGCCGACGCUGCGGACAUUGCGCAAAAGGCAAGCGAGGCCGACGUGGUGAUGGAGGAGGUGGAGGGCGUGUCGUCACAGUACGCGCCGAUGGCGACGUCGUGCUCGCGGAUCUACUUUUCGCUCGAGCAGAUGGGCCACGUCCACUUUUUGUACCAGUACUCGCUGCAGUUCUUCCUCGACAUUUUCGAGGUGACACUGUUGCACAACCCGCACCUCGAGGCGUUGACCGAGCCGAUGGAGCGGCUGGAGGUGCUGAUGGCGGACUUGUUUGCGACAGUGUACGAGCGGGUCUGUCGUGGCCUGCUCCACGCCGACCACGUCUGCUUUGCCUUUCUCCUUGCCCAGGUGCGGACCGAGUCUGCGGCGGUGCUCGACGCGCAGGAGUUUGAGUUCUUCCUCAAGGGCAUCGAGUCGCUCGGCGGGCAGGUGCCGGAGCUGGGCGUCGACGUCACGGCGCCGGCGCUCGGAUACACGCCUGCACAGCAGCACCUGCUCCGUGGGCUCUCUGCGCUCCCGAUCUUUGCGGGCGCGCUCGGCGAGUCUGCAGUGAAGGACGUUGAGGCGUGGGCCAAGUUCCUCGACCUGUCCGCGGCCGGCGAGAAGGCUGUGCCGCCGGGACCGUGGAAUGCGGCGCCUGCGGGCGCGGGCAUGCCGGGCGCGCUAGUGGCGUUCCGCAAGCUGCUGCUGGUCAAGGCGUUCCGGCCGGACCGGCUGCUGGCGGCGAUGGACACGUUUGUGUCUGCGGUGUUUGGCAGCGGGUUCCUCGACCUCGGGGUGCUCGACCUCGGCAAGGUGGUGGGGAGCGAGGUGGCGGCGAGCACGCCGCUGUUGAUGUGCUCGAUGCCCGGACACGACGCGUCGGGGCGGGUCGACGAGGUGGCGGCCGAAGUGGGCAAGCGGGUCAACUCGAUUGCCAUCGGCUCGCCCGAGGGCUUUGACCUGGCGGAGAACGCCAUUUCGGCGGCAGCCAAGAGCGGCGGUUGGGUCAUGCUCAAGAACGUGCACCUUGCGCCGCAGUGGCUGGUGCAGCUUGAGAAGAAGUUGCACAACCUGGCGCCGGUCUCAGGCUUCCGGCUUUUUAUGACCGGCGAGAUCCAUCCUGCGAUUCCGGUCAACCUCAUGCGGAUGUCGCGGAUCUUUGUGUUUGAGCCGCCGCCGGGUGUCAAGGCCAACCUGCUGCGGACGUUCUCGUCGAUUCCUGCGUCGCGAAUGGAUGCCAAGCCGGUCGAGCGGUCGCGGCUGUACUUUAUCAUCUCGUGGGUCCAUGCCGUCUUGCAAGAACGGCUGGGGUACACGCCGCUCGGGUGGGCACAGAGCUACGAGUUUAAUGACGCAGACAUCCGGUGUGCGUUUGCGUCGGUCGACUAUUGGGUUGGGUCGGUGGCCAAGUCGAAGGACAACGUGGACCCGGAGAAGAUCCCGUGGCUCGCGCUUCGCACGCUGUUCUCGGUCUCGAUCUACGGCGGGCGGAUUGACAACGAGUUUGACUCGCGGCUGCUGGACUCGUUCCUGGAGAACCUCUUUACGCCGGCGUCGUUCAACCUCGACUUUGUGCUUGUGCCGGCAGAGGACUCGGGCUCGUCUGAGGACGACGAAGGUGACGCAAGCGGAAGCGGAAGCGACGCGGCUGCUCUCACCAUUCCAGAGGCGCGGUGCAAGGCCGACUUUGAGGCGUGGGUCCGGGCGCUGCCGGACUCGCAAACGCCGGCGUGGCUUGGCCUCCCGGUCAACGCCGAGUCUGUCCUCCUCCGCAACAAGGCCAAGGUCGCGGUGUCGAAGAUCCUCAAGCUGCAGUCGAUGCAGGAGGAUGAGUCUGUGGGCGGUGAGGCCGAGGCAGCGGCAGCGGCUGCAGCCAGCGGCGACGGUUCGGGCGUGGCGUUGCCGGCGUGGAUGCGGUCGUUGCACACCUCGCUUCAGCAGUGGAGCGAGCACCUGCCGGCGGGCCUGACGAGCAUGACAUCGUCGGCGGAGAACGUGGCAAACCCGCUGUUCCGGUGCAUCGAGCGCGAGAACGAGCGGGCACGAAGCCUUCUGGGCGUCAUCCGCAAGGACGUGGCCGACCUCGAUGCGGUCUGCCGCGGCGAGAUGAAGCAGACCAACCACAUCCGCGAGCUGCUGGUGUACCUGUCCAAGGGCAUGAUUCCCAAGUCGUGGCGGGCGUACUCGGUUCCGGACUCGCUCUCGGUCAACGUGUUUGUCAAGGAUCUCGCGCUGCGACUGCAACAGCUGGAGGAUCUCGCUGGCCAAGCCUCGACCUUUGGCCGCGACGGCAUCAUCCUCGGGCGGCUCUUCUCGCCCGAGGCCUUCCUCACUGCCUCGCGGCAGGCAGCAGCGCAGGCCAAGGAGUGGCCGCUUGAGGAGCUCGAGCUCGCAGUCUACGUCGGCGAGGAGAGCGGCGACGACCUCCAGUCGUUUGCCAUCCUCGACCUGAACGUCGAGGGCGCCGAGUGGCGCGAGGGCGCGCUCCAUCUCUCGGAAAAGAUUUCGACCACGCUCCCGGUCGCCCGCUUCCGGUGGGUCAACCCGCGGGUGGAGGACGUUCCGCCGCGCCGGCUCAUCCGCCUCCCGGUCUACCUCAACUCGUCACGCAAGGUCCUCCUCUUUGACGUCCAGGUCGACGGGCCCCAAGGCCUUGGAGAUCUUGACUUUGCCCAGCGCGGCAUUGCCAUUGUGGCCACAAGCUACGAGAACAUCGUGUAGUGCAGCGUUAGCCGUGUCGCGAGUUGAUAAAGCACAAGCGCUGUGCA